AUGAACAAGGCCUUCGAGCUACUGCGCCGCUCCGCCAGCAAGAUCGAGGCGAACAGGAAGGACAGAAAGCAGAAAGGCGAUCGGAAGGACAGAGGUAGACACCCCAGAUCGCCCAGGACGACGACGUCGCCGCUGAAAAGCACGCACCAGCAUAUCAAUAGAGACAGUGGUUCCUCAAGGGGCGAGAAAAAGUGGAGGCAGAAACUUGCGGAGAGUAAAGUCUUCAAGCGCCUGAUGCAGCCGGUGUACAGCGACGAUGAUACUGGCGAUAACUGCCACACCCGCGAUGACAUGGUCAGUAAUGGCGACGCACAUCGCCUAGGCGAGAUACCCUCCCGCUCCAAGUACCUUCUACCAGACCAGAAGUCCCAUUUCGCGAAUCACCCCAGCUACCUGCCACUGGCCGAGCAAUGUAGGCCACUGCAGCCGUCCUCCUUCACGUCCCUCACGCCGCGGCAGGGAUGUCACCAGAAGCCUGGCCAGAGUAGUGGCGACAACAAUGACGGAGAGGUCGGUGGCCACACCUACGGCGCCAUGGGCGAGGAGGUUGGAGUCGACGAUUAUAGCUAUGCGGAAGCGCAGCAGACGCAUCAGGAACGCCACCACGGCAUUGGUCACGUCGGUUCCCUAUACGAGGGUGCUGUAAAAAGUAUUCAAGGAAAUCCGCACCGCAUCCUCACUGCUAGCAUUGGCAGUAGCGUGAGCGGCGCGUCGUCUGUUGGACCAACUGGACUGGCACUGAUGCCGCAGUUUCGCUGGGUCCCGAAGCAAGGCGGCGGCGGUCUGGGCUUCAACCCUUUCAUGAACUUUCGCUAUCAACCGCAGCAGGAGUGCAUAGCGUCAAUACUCCCAACCCCUUGGAUGAACACAUCAACACCGUUGAGCGAUGCUCAGCAGCCGGACGACGAGACACCAGAGCUGCUGCACGGUGUGGCUUCCCCUGAGCAUGAGCAGCAGCAGAAUGAGGGGCAGUUGCAUGUCUCUGGUCGCCACAACAGCUACUCUAUGUUUUACGCUCUCCCGUCACCGCCGCCGGCGCCGCAGUCGGUUCCCUUGACACCCCCUAAUUGCGAGACGGGGACCCUUUCCUUCUAUGGCCCCAUCGGCUCCAUCGGUAUCGAGGCUUCCUGCAAGCGGCGUGCCGUUGAGCAGCAAAGCGGGACGGAUGGCGCAGCGGAGAGAGCCUACAAGGAGCGCUCCUCUCGAAGACCUACUGAGCGAGAAGAGACGAGCAUUCAGCUUCUCACGCAGCUCUGGUGCGAUGUGAACCUGCUGCGUGAUGCUCGCAUCGUCGACUCCCCAGGCCUGUCGUGCAACGACGACGAGAACGACGACUCUGCAAGCGGCACCAGCUCUAGCACUAGCAACAUCGAGUCGAACAACGAUAACCGCGAGUUUGACGAGGCGGCCAUGGCGGCACGUGAGAAGGUGCGGCAGCGUCGUCAGCAGUACUCAGCCCGGUCGCCGUCCUUCUACUUCAAGGACGGUGAUCUUGCGGUGCUACGGGUCGAGGACAAUGCCGAGGACUCAACACUAGCGCCUGCCCCACGCGCCACAGCGGUGCACAAACCAGUGGCAGUCAGCGCUCAACAUCAACAGCGCAGUGUCCCAUCCACUGUCAAGGCAACAUCGCCAGCUGCGCUGACCGGAGGUCGAAGAGCUGUUGGGGGUGUGGCCGAGACUUCCGUACAUAGGUUGGUAGCACACGAGGUGGCAUCGUCGUCCUCAUCCUCUGGAAGCUCUGACAACGACAGUAGCGAUGAUGACUCGAACAGCGAUGAGUGCAACACAGGCGAGCGCUCCUCCGGCUUCGGCUCGGACGAUGACGAUGAGAGCGUUGAUUCAGGCGACGCAGUCAGCCCACACAGGAACGACAACGACGCCCACGGCAACUUGACCCACCUGCACAGCUGGAAGAAGCGCUCCUCAAUUCACGCCAGCGCCGGAAUGGGUCGAAGCGUUCUUGAGUAUGGCCAGUACGACUUUAUGAACAGUUUCACCAUGAACGAAUCGUUUGUGUCACACAUGCCGGACGGUGGUGGCGGCGCCGGGAUAAACCUGCUCUACGUACCCGACGACUACAACGACGGUGGUGAGGCGGCGGCAGCGGGGGAUCUUGUGUUGAACUACACACCGCGUCACGUAAGUACCAAAUCAGCGGAAACCUCGGUAAAGAUGAAGCCUCACCCCCCGCUCUCACCAUCUAUUCCAUCUCAGUCGCAGGAGCGGCACGGUAGCCCCUCAAUCUCGGUGGCGCGGGGGUCAGCCGUGGGGCCGUCGGGCAAUGGAGCUGCCGUCACUUCCCGACGCGGCCAACGUCGGGUAAACAACGCAACUGAUAUACGCUCUGCGACGGUGCAGAACACAUCGCAUCAUGGAGGCAGUACUAGCAGCUCUAGCCACCACCACGACGGUGGUGGCUGCGGGCUGGGGGAGCAGCUGGCCUACGGAAGCUCCUUUGGCUUGGGAAGUCGGCACAAUUCCUACUUGGCAACACCGUGCGAUGAAGCUCACGAUGCCGCCUCCGCGUCACUGAGUGUAUAUGGGGUGGUCAGUGGCAACCCCAAUACGAUUUCCUCCGGCACCUCCAUGAUGGGUGGGGACGGUGAAGCCUUCAUUACUAGGGGAGUCUACCGCGACAACCGGGAUCAAACCGUAACCCCUGCAACUUUCGGCGUUGUGAGUCGAGGUCCCGCAGCACCUCUGACGGUCGGCUGCGGUUCUGCUGUGAAGACAUGUAACGCCGCUAGUCAACAGCUAACGUUGCCACUCAUUGAUCGCGGAAGUGUUAGUCCCGCCACGUACAGUCGGCCUCCCAGCGCUGCGCAGAGGCUGCGUGUACCUGUGACACCGACAUCCCCGCAGCGGUUAGCCCGUGGAACGAAGACAGUGUACCCAGGUGGCUACCUGCCCCCCAUCACGCCGCCUGUCACCCCAACGGCAAAAAAGACCCCGGCGCAGCGCAAUAAGAACGCCGUUUCAACGUCAAGUUUCCGCGACUUGGCGAAUGCGAGCAUCACACCAGGUCUAGGAGACAUUGUCGGAGGCAAAUCGUAUACCUCGCUUGCGUACGAGCUACCAGGAACAUGA